AUGGCAGAGCCUUCUACCCCAACGCAGCUGUCUAUUCCCAUCCCAGUAUUCCCCCCUUUCAAGCUUAGGUCUUCUUUGAUUGAUAAAGAUCCGGUUAUUUGGGAAUAUUUGCUUGCUGACUAUAUAGAUCUAUUCAAGAAACUAAUUGCACUUUCGAAAUCAUCUAAAAAUCAGUCGCCCCCAUAUACAUUGUCAAAGAAGACUGUGAAUCAGCUCCAUCAAUUUCUAAAAUCCUUCAUUCAUGAAUCGUCUUAUGAGACAAAACAGGUGUUCUCCCUAGGUGCAAUCAAUCCGAAUAUCAGAGAAAAUCAACAUAUAUUGAAAAUCGUUGUCUUUGUCUACAUUAAAUCAAUAAACCUAGUUAAUCUAAAGUUAACUGGCGAAUCUACUUGGGAAUUCUGUAAAGUUUACAUCACAUUGGCGAAUAAAUAUACGUCCCAACGUGUUAAUCAAGCACUAGUAACCAUUCCUAAUAUCCGAAAAUUGGUCGAAGGUACAAUUAAAUCCAAUUAUAGCUCAAAAAGUGAUGAUAUAAGUUUGAUAAGAUCAUUACAAGAUUACUUAGGAAAAGUUAUGGCUGGUGGGAAAUGGAGUCAAGAGGAUACCACCGUGUUAUAUUCUUUAUUGGGCCAGCGUACGAAAUCUGUUGCAUCUACAAGCGACAAGAAGAACAGGAACUUUAAAAUCAAUUCAAAAAGAAAGAAUAAUGGGAACGAUUCUAGCAUUGAAUUUGCUUCGACUUUUGUGGAUAAACAUUGGAUCGAAAUUCUUGAAGAAGUUUACUCAAACGGUGAAGGUAUGAAUUCGAAAGUUAGUGUUCAAUUGAUGAUUCUUUCCCUUUGUUCUUUGAGUAGUGCCAGGAUUCUAAGACUACUAAAAGAUCAAUUAGAGAUCGACGGGCUCACCAGGAUAAGGACUUUAUAUCCCUUAGUUUCAUGUGUUGUCCUGUCUAAGAAAUUUAACGAUAUGUAUCCUGACUUGAAAGAUAUACUAUCUUCACUGUUUGUUCAAAAGAAACAAAUGCAAGCCAAGCCCACAAGGGUUUUUGAUGAUGUCAAAGUUUCACAUGUUAUGGAUAUGUUUCCGCAACUCUCUACAGGUCAAAUCAAAACUCUACUAGUUGAGAAUAAUGACGAUGUUGAGACCGUCAUUGACUACCUAUUAUCGCAUGAUAUGGCUGAUUUAACAAUAGAUGACUUCGAUGUGAUUGAGAAGGGCAAAGAUAAAAAGCUACCUAAAGACGCAAAGAAGGCUUCUAACGUUUUUGAAUUCGAAGAUGAGGAUAAAACUUACAUGGUGCAAAUGGGUAAAAAGGAAGAAUCUGAUAAUAUCGAGAACCCAGAAGAAGAUUUUCGUAAGAAAAAUUUACAAAGAGCUCUUUCAAUACUGUAUAAUGCGGAUGAAGAUGAACCGGACGAUACCUAUAUUGAUUAUGAGAGUAUUACAGGUAAACCAGAGAGUGACGAGGCUAAUUCUAGCACCUCCAAUGUGAAGCUCGAUGCGAAACUUCUUCAGAUUGAAUCAACAUUGUUUGGUAUAUAUCGAACAUCACCAGAAAAAUUGACAAGAAAUGACAGAAACACACAAUUCAGGCAAAGUUUGAAGAAGGAAACUGCUUGGACGGAUGAGCAAAUUGAAGGAUGGGCUAGAGUAUUACAGAAAAGUCCUACCAAAUACAGAAUGCUUGAAGAACGUCUUGUGUUUGUUGACGGUUCAUUAAACAAAAGUGGAAAGAAAUCAUCAAAAUGGGUAGCGAAAAAGCCAGCAAAUUCAGAAGAUGGGAAUGAUGGCAACACUGACAGCCGUGGGAAGCAUUUAUUAGACAAACGUAAAGGGGGAUAUCUGGCUAAAGUGGAUGCAAAUGGCACAGACAAAAUAGCACCUAAAAACAAGAGUAAUUUCAACCAUUAUAUGGCUAAGAAGAAAGCACAGAAGGCUGCUAAGACCCAAAAAACUAAAUAG